AUGGCCACUCAGGAGACGGCCACUGAAGAGAAGAUUUCCCAGUUUGAUUACACUACACUCCUGGAGCUGUCUAAUCAUCUAGGCCUAGAUGCAGUUCAAUUUGCAAAGCAAAUGGAAGAAGAGGAACAGGAGAAACGAGAAAAAAUGCAGAAAGGCUUUAAUUCAGAAAUGCGCAGUGAAGCAAAAAGGUUAAAGACUUUUGUGACCUAUAAGUCCUACAGCUCAUGGACACCACAGGAGAUGGCAGCGGCUGGGUUUUAUUUCACUGGUGUACAAUCUGGGAUUCAGUGCUUCUGCUGUAGCUUAAUACUGUUUGGUUCCAGCCUCCGGAGACUCCCCAUAGGAGACCACAAAAGGUUUCGUCCAGAUUGUGAGUUCCUUUUGGGCAAAGAUGUUGGUAACAUUGCCAAGUACGAUAUAAGAGUUAAGAAUCCAGAGAAAAAGCUGAGAGGAGACAAAGCAAGGUACCAAGAAGAUAAGGCGAGACUUGAAUCCUUUGAGGACUGGCCAUUUUAUGUCCACAGGGUAUCCCCAAGGGAGCUCUCAGCGGCUGGCUUUGUCUUUACAGGCAAACGGGACACUGUGCAGUGUUUUGCCUGUGGUGGAUGUUUAGGAAAUUGGGAAGAAGGGGAUGAUCCUUGGAAGGAACAUGCCAAAUGGUUCCCCAAAUGUGAAUUUCUUCAAAGCAAGAAAUCAUCAGAGGAAAUUGCCCAGUAUAUUCAGAGCUACAAGGGAUUUGUUGGUGUGACGGGAGAACAUUUUGUGAAUUCCUGGAUAAAGACAGAUUUACCUAUGGUAUCAGUUUAUUGCAAUGAGAGCAUCUUUGCUAAUGAAGAACUGGCACUGGCUUUUAAGAACUGGCCCCAGGCAUCCCCUGUGGGAGUUGUAGUUCUGGCCAAAGGAGGCCUUCUUAUAUAGUGGUCCUGAUCGAAUUUCCUUCUAGGUAUAAAGGACAUCGUCCAGCGUUUUUCCUGUGGAGAAUGUUUGGAAAAGUGUGAGGAAGGUGGUGACCCAUUAGAAGAUCACACCAAAUAUUUUCCUAAUUGUCAGUUUCUCCAAAAUAUGAUGGCCCCUGCAGAAGUGAUUCCAGACCUUCAGAGCUAUGGUGAACUUUCUGAAUUAACGGAAACCGCAAAUGAAAGCAAUCUUGAAGAUUCAGCAGCUGUUAGUUGUACAGUGCCAGAGAUGGUCCAGGUUGAAGCCCAGUGGUUUCAGGAGGCAAAGAGUCUGAGUGAGCGACUGAGAGAAGCCUACACCAAUGCCAGUUUCUGCCGCAUGUCUUUGCUUGAGGUCUCUUCCAGUCUAGCCACUGACCAUUCGUUGGGUUGUGAUUUGUCCCUUGCUUCAAAACACGUUAGUAGUCCUGUGCAGGGGCCUGUGGUGUUGCCCGAGGUCUUUGCCAACUUGAACUCUGUCAUGUGCGUGGAGGGUGAAGCUGGUAGUGGAAAGACAGUCCUCCUGAAGAAAAUAGCUCUUCUAUGGGCAUCAGGAUGCUGUUCCUUGUUAAACAGGUUCCAGCUGGUUUUCUAUAUCUCCCUUAGCUCUACCAGACUGGACCAGGGACUGGCCAACAUCAUUUGCAACCAACUCCUAGAGACAGAAGGAUCUGUUACUGAAAAGUGCCUGAGGAAUAUCAUCCAGCAGCUAAAAAAUCAGGUGUUAUUCCUUUUGGAUGACUACAAAGAAAUGCGCUCAGUCCCUCAAGUCAUAGAAAAGCUGAUUAAAAAAAACCACUCAUCAAGGACCUGUUUGUUGAUUGCUGUCCAUACAAACAGGGCCAGGGACAUCCGCCAAUACCUAGAUGCAGUUCUAAAGAUCGAGGUAUUUCCCUUCUAUAACACCAUCUAUAUGUUACGGAAGUUUUUUCCACACAAUAUGACUCGUCUGCAAAAGUUUAUGAUUCACUUUGGGAUUAAUUCAAGUUUACAGGGAAUACAGAAAACUCCACUUUUUGCAGCAGCAGUCUGUGCUAACUGGUUUCAGUAUCCUUUUGGCCAGUCCUUUGAUGGUGUGGCCGUUUUCAUGUCCUAUAUGGAAUGUCUUUUCUUAAAGCACAAAACUUCGGCUGAACUUCUCAAAGCAACUGUGUCCUCCUGUGGUCAGUUGGCUUUGAAAGGGCUUUUUUCAUCUUGCUUUGAAUUUAGUGACGAUGACCUUAUAGAAGCAGGAGUUGAUGAAGGUGAAGAUCUAACCAUGUACCUAAUGAGUAAAUUCACAGCCCAGAGACUGAGACCAGUCUAUCAGUUUUUAGAUCCUGCAUUCCAAGAAUGUCUUGCUGGGAUGAGGCUGAUUGAACUCUUGGAUUCAGAUAAGCAAGAAGAUCAAGAUUUGGGACGUUAUUAUUUGAAACAAAUUAAGUCAUCCAUGAUAACUAUAAGUCCCUUUUGUAACAAUUUUUUGCAGUAUGUCUCCUGCUACCCUUCAACAAAGGCGGGGCCCAAAAUUGUAUCUCAUUUGCUUCAUUUGGUGGAUAAUGAGUCACUGAAGAAUAUAUCUGAAAAUGAAGACCACCUGAGGCACCGCCCAGAAAGUUUAGAGUUAGUGCAAUUAAUUAGGAUGUUUCGUCAGUUAUCUCCACAUUACUCUUUAAUGGUUUCAAAACAGGUGCUGGCUCUUGCCUUAAACAUUGCCUAUCAAAGCAACACUGUUGCUGCAUGUUCUCCACUUAUUUUGCAAUUCCUUCAAGGGAGAACCCUGACUUUGGAUAUACUUAAAUUACAGUAUUUUUUUGACCACCCAGAAAGCCUGUUAUUGUUGAGGAGCAUACAACUCUCCAUAAGAGGAAAAAUAAGGUGUCCCGAAAUGGAUUUUUCAGUACUGGAAACAUGUCUCGACAAAUCACAGGCACCAACUAUAGAUCAGGACUGUGCUUCUGCUUUUGAACCUAUGAAAGAAUGGGAGCAGAAUUUAGCUGAAAAACGGGAAAACAUAAUGAGAUUUCAGGAUAUGAAGCUUAAUGCACCACUAGACAUCAGCACUGGCUAUUGGAAACUUUCUCCAAAGCAGUACAAGAUUCCCCUUCUGGAAGUCCACGUGGAUGAUAGUGAUGGUGUCGACCAGGAGAUGCUCAGUGUUCUAAUGACAGUCUUCUCAGCUUCACAGCACAUUGAACUUCAUUUAAAUAAUAGCAGGGGCUUUAUUGAAAGCCUCCGCCCAGCUCUUGAGCAGUAUAAGGCCUCUUUCACCAAGUGCUCCAUACACAAAUCUGAGCUGAGUGCAGAAGAACAGGAACUGCUUCUCAACCUGCCUUCCCUGGAAUCUCUUGCAGUCUCAGAGACAAGCCAUGUACAAGAUCAACUCUUUCCUAAUCUGGACAAGUUCCUGUGUCUGAAAGAAUUGUCUGUGAAUCUGGAUAAACAAAAUGUUUUUUCAGUCAUUCCUGUAGAAUUCCUAAAUCUCCACCAUAUGGAGAAAUUAUUGAUCCAAAUUUCAGCUGAGGCUGGUCCUUCCAAACUAGUUAAAUUAAUUCAGAAUUCUCCAAACCUUCAUGUUUUCUGCCUGGAAUGUAAUUUUUUUUCGGAUUUUGAGUCUCUCAUGACUGUACUUGCUUCCUGCAAGAAACUCAAAGAAAUUAAGCUUUCUGGAGCAUUUUUUAAACCCAUUCCAUUUGUCCUCGUUUUGCCAAAUUUUAUUUCUCUGAAGAUAUUAAAUCUUGAAUUCCAACAAUUUCCUGAUAAGGAAAUAUCUGAAAAAUUUGCCUAUACUUUAAGCUCUCUUAAUAACCUGGAAGAACUGAUCCUUCCUACUGGGGAUGGGAUUCAGCAAGUGGCCAAACUGAUCAUCCAGCAGUGUCAGCAUCUUCAAUGUCUCCGCGUUCUCUCAUUUUUCCAGACUUUGAAUGAUGACAGUAUAGUGGAAAUUGCCAAGGUAGCAAUCAACGGAGGUUUCCAGAAACUUGAGAACUUAAAUCUUUCAAUCAAUCACAAGAUUACAGAGGAAGGAUACAGAAAUUUUUUUCAAGCACUGGACAACCUGCCAAACUUGCAAGAGUUGACUAUUUCCAGGAAUUUCACAGAAUGUAUCAAAGCUCAGGCCACAACAGUCAAGUCUUUGAGUCAAUGUAUCUUACGGCUCCCAAGCCUCAUCAGACUUAACAUGUUAAGUUGGCUACUGGAUGAAGAAGACAUCACACUGCUUAAUUCCAUGAAAGAGAGACAUCCUCAAUCUAAAUAUUUAAUUAUUCACUGGAAAUGGGUACUGCCAUUCUCUCCAAUUAUUCAGAAAUAGAAGAUUUAGCUAAAACCUGCUCAAUCAAAAAAAUUUUUGUCAACAAUUCUAAAAACCUAAUUAUCCAAAAACAUUUUAAAUAUUGUAUUCAAAAGAAUAUAAAAUAUGUAAGGCAUGUAAGAAAAACUGCUUGCUUAUCACUGAGCUUAAGAAAUAGAUUAUUACCAGUACCUCUGCAGUCCCUGAAUGAUCCUCCCCAACUAAAGAUCAGCUCUCUAUCAUCUAGGAUCAGUACUGUUUCCAUUCUAACUACGGUAAAGAGUAACAAACAGGAAGAGGGUUGGGGGAAGUCUACCAAUCUAUCUUAAAGCAACAAUAUGGAAGUAGUAAUCAAGUUAUAUAUCAAAUGACUAACUUCAGGGUUUAAUCAGUUUCACAGUUAAAUGUAAGAGUUCACUUUAACUUCAGUGAAUCUUUUGUGGGCAAAGAGGUACUCCUUAAUCCUUGUAGGACCUGUUUUGUAUAUUUAACUGGUAUAGUAGAGUUUACUUAUACCUUCCUUUUAUCCAUUGCCAAUGUGAAGAACAAAUAGGAUUUAGGGAAAAAUGCUUUUUUUUCCCAGAGGCUUUUGAUUCAACAUUAGUUGAAUCUAAGCAAAAAAUGCAGAAUAGAAUUUAGCAUUACUAGAGAUUAGCUAAAUUUGUGUUCUCUAGAAAAUUGAGUCAAUGUUUUUUUAGAUAACCAUGUUUGAGAAUUUAACAUACGCUAUA